UUUUGUAGUCAUGGUUACCUAUUUAUUUUUAUUUUAUUUUACUAUUUUUUCAGGAUCUUCUUCACAAAUAAAAUGUUCCACAAUACUUUCCAAAGCGGUUUAUUAUCAAUUCUUUACAGCAUUGGAAGCAAACCUUUACAAAUUUGGGAUAAGAAUGUACGUAAUGGACAUAUUAAAAGAAUUACUGAUGAAGAUAUUCAUUCUUUAAUUAUUGAAUUAAUGGGAGCUAAUGUUAGCACAACAUAUAUAAGCUGCCCUCUUGAUCCAAAGAAAACUUUAGGCAUUAAAUUGCCUUUCUUUUUUAUGACUGUCAAAAAUUUAAAUAAAUAUUUUACUUUUGAAGUUCAGAUUUUGGACGAUAAAGGAACAAAAAGGCGUUUUAGAGCAUCUAAUUUUCAAUCAACAACGAGAGUUAAACCUUUUAUUUGUACAAUGCCUUUGCGUUUAGAUGAAGGGUGGAAUCAAGUACAAUUUAAUUUGUCUGAUUUUGUUAAGAGGGCUUAUGGAACGAGUUAUGUUGAGACUUUGAGAGUUCAGAUCCACGCAAAUUGUCGUUUAAGAAGAGUUUAUUUUGCUGAUAGAAUUUAUACAGAAGAUGAAUUACCUGCAGAAUUUAAAUUAUAUUUACCUGUACAUCAUAAUAAAACAACACAAAAUUUGGAAAAGUCGGAAAUUAUUUCAACAAAAUAA